UGUCGGCUAUGCUCGACCAUUUGGAGGGGCACGAGCACAUGAGCAGUUGAGCACUUCAUGAAGAUGCUCAAGUCGUGCCCUUUCCGGACAAGGGAGAUUGUGCAUAAGCUGGUGGCCCAAGGGGCGAAGGUGCUGCCAAGCGACAAGAAGACUCACUACCUAUUGCAGAACUACCGGCAGUUGCACAACAUCAAGGAGGGGGGGGCUGCAACAAACGACGAUGAUGCGGACGCGGUUGUUCGUCAUGGUUACGAGGAGCCACAACCGCCGGUUGCUGCAGGGAGGGAGGCGGUCAAGGAGACGGCGCAGCGGGGAAGUGCAGCGGGGGAGACGCUGCGAGAAGAGUGUCAAUCCACCACAAGGGCGGUUCCGGUGCAGCAAACAACCAUCACGAGAUGGGUGGACAAUGCAACUCAAAAGAAGUUGGACAUUGCAUGGGCGGAGGCAAUGUUCCGGGCGGGAAUCGCGUUCAAUUUUUUGAACUUCGACACCACUCUCAAACUGCACGAGCAAGUGCAGCCUCUGACUACAUGCUGGGAUGUCACGGGCUGCACUUUCAUCACGAACGGGUCGACCGAUCGAAGGGAAAAACCUGUCAUGAAUUUCUUGGGGGCGGGGGAGCAGGGAGCGGUGCUGGUGGCAACGGUGUCGAUGGAUGGAAGGAAGAAGACCGGACCAGCGCUGGCCAGACUUUGGGAGAAGAUAAUGAGGGAGAUCGGGCUGCAACGCAUCAAUGCAAUUUGCACCGACAAUGCGGAGGUGAACAAGAAGGCCGCACAGAUUUUGGAGUGGCACACGGAUUUGGCGGUUUCACGGAUACCUUGGGUUCCGUGUGCUGUGCAUUGCUGCAGCUUGCUGCUUCGGGACAUCAGCAAGUUGGAUUGGAUGAAGGGCACGGUGAAGCGGAGCCACACCAUUGUCAAGUUUAUACGGAACCACCACUGCACACAUAGCCUAAUGAUGUCGUUGGAUGACUCAUUAUUGCUGUUGCGACCAACUGAGGUCCGUUUUGGGUCGGUCUACAUGAUGAUGGAGCGGUUGUACGAUCGGAGGGCGAUUUUGAAGCAGAUGGUCGAAGGGAGCCUAGUCGGGAGAUGGAAGGCGAUGCGGUGGUCGACGACGAAGCUGCAGUCCAAGGCGGAUCUUGUCUUCUUCACAUUGCGGAGUGAGGGUUGGUGGCCAGAGUUGAAGAAGGUGGUGGAGGUGAUGGAGCCAUUGUAUGUAUUGCUUCGGAGGAUGGACAAGGACGGGACUGCCCCGUCAAACCUUGUGGAGUACGACCGGCUAAUGGAGAGGAUGCUGGCGGAGAUCGUGCUGACAGAGGAGCAGCGACGUAUGGUGCUCGAGAAGGUGAGGGACUGCAUGAAGAUGAUGCCGCAACCGGUACACGCCUUGGCUUUUCUUCUCGACCAACGGAGGAGAGAGCCGAAGUGGUUGUUGGACCGGGACAACGCACUUGUGCAGAAUGCUCUACGUUAUUUGCAACGGCGGAUCGGCGGUGCUUGGAAAUCAGACGCCCACGUGCAGAUUCUCAGCGACCUGCGAGAGUUCCACACGAAACCGACCGGGUACAACCCCCGGCGGAAGGACAAGAAAAUGUGGGAUGGUGAUGCGGUCGCAAAUUCUAACACCAUCUCGCCAUCGGAGUGGUGGGCAACUCAUGGUGGCGAUGUGCCGGAGCUACAAGCCAUUGCCAUGAAAGUAAUGGGCAUGUGGAGCUCGGCGACUCCGGCGGAGCGGAAUUGGUCUUCGAUGGACUUGGUCCACUCGAAGCGGCGGAAUCGGUUGAACCCCUCAACCUUGGAGAAGUUGGUGUAUAUUCACUGGAAUAUGCAGCUGCUGCACUCCGGGAAGAACUUGAAGGACGCCGGCUACAUCGACUUGUGGACGCAGUUCUUCGAGUCUCUUUCGGAGCCUGAGGUGGACGAUGGUUCUAUUUUGAAGGACUCCUUGGAGGAGAAGGACAAGACGAAGGACGAGCUGGUGCGGGAACGGGCCUUCAUCAAGACACCAAAGGGCCGGAUUCCGAAGAGCCUCGAAGACGAGGAGAAGGAGGAGAAGUGCACCGAUGACAGCGACCUUGACGACGAGGUGUGGAAGGGGAAGACUCCAUGGUCGGAAGCGUCUAGCGAAGGGGAAGAUGAUGAGUCAUUGGACGAUGACUUUGAGUUGGGAAUCCCGCCGUCAACACCGUGCACUACAUAUGUUGGGAGGAGGGAAGCAGCACAGCGCCGUCGAGAACGGCCGCCCACAACACCAUCUCAAUGCACGGCGAACACCACAGCGCAUUACAACAUCCAAUCGGAUGUCGAGAGGAGGAGAAAGAAGAGGCGACAGGCCAGCGAGAGGAGGAGGCAGAACACGAGAUUGGCCAGCCAGGAGGAAGAAGAAAAGAUGGAGGAGCAAGAGGAGGGAGAAGAAGAGGCUGGCAUGGAGCAACGAGAGGAGGAGAUGGAACAGGAGCAAGGGGAGGGCACGGACCAGCAAGAAGAGGAGCUGGAGGAGAGUGAGAAGGAGCAGCAGCAGGAAAAGACCGCGAACAUUGAGGAGGAGCAGCAGCAGCAUGCACCGACGACCGUGUACAAGCGUCGGAAGCGAACUGUGGAGGCUGCUGGCUCAUCGGAGAAUUCCCCCGACUUCCCAGCCAACAAAGCGGAAUCCCAACACGACAACCUGUGGGUCAGCAGGGUUGGAAGGAAGAGGAAGGCGCCCUGUGAGGACGAACGAUCGAAGCCAGAACUUCCACGGGGCAGGCCUCGGAAGAACGCAACUGCGGAUCCGGCUGCAAAGCCGAAAAAAAAACAACAGCGGUGCAAACAAAUUGUUGAGGAUGACCCCGAAUCCAGCAACUGCAGCGAGCAGUUUGCCGAAGACGAGGGUGGCACCGCUGACUGAGAUGGUGUGUUCGUGUUUGUGAGUGCGUGUGGAGAGAGAGAGAGAGAGAGAGAGAGAGAGAGAGAGAGAGAGAGAGAGAGAUGUGUUCGAAUGUGGACGGAUAUUGGCUGUAUGCAGCUGAUAUGCUGCUAAAGAACUCAUAGAUUUCCUGCAAGUUGUCAGUCUAAAAGUCUUCUUCUUCGUCUUGUCAAUCUUAUCAGUCUUCUUCUUCUUCUCCUUCUCGUCAGUCUUCUGCAUUUUUUGUCAGAAUGAAAGGGUCGAUAAACG